ACGUAACCUGUGGGCAUAUAUAGAGUACCUGGCCCGUGGGCGACCUGCCACUGUGCACAGCUUCCUCCCAGGAUGAAGAAGACUGUGGGCCCAGACCCUUCCCUUGUCUACAGACCCGAUGUGGACCCACAGACAGCCACAGAGGAAGGCGGAUUCCGAAACUAUACUUCCGGGCCCCUUCUGGACCGAGUUUUUGCCACCUACAAGCUCAUGCAUACGCACCAGACGGUGGACUUCGUCAGGAGGAAGCAUGCCCAGUUCGGGGGCUUCUCCUACAAGAAGAUGACUGUCUUGGAGGCUGUGGACUUGCUGGACGAGCUGGUCGACGAGUCGGACCCAGACGUGGACUUCCCCAACUCCUUCCAUGCCUUCCAGACUGCCGAGGGCAUCCGGAAAGCCCACCCGGACAAGGACUGGUUCCACUUGGUUGGGCUCCUGCAUGACCUGGGGAAGAUCCUGGUUCUGUCAGGGGAGCCCCAGUGGGCUGUCGUCGGUGACACCUUCCCUGUUGGCUGCCGUCCUCAGCCCUCCGUGGUCUUUCGUGACUCCACUUUCCAGGCCAAUCCCGACCUCCAGGACCCUCGAUACAGCACAGAACUUGGCAUGUACCGACCCCACUGUGGGCUGGAGAACGUCCUGAUGUCCUGGGGCCACGAUGAGUACAUGUACCAGGUGAUGAAGUUCAACAAGUUCUCCCUGCCCCCGGAGGCUUUCUUCAUGGUCCGCUUCCACUCCUUCUACCCAUGGCACACGGGCGGCGACUACCGGCAGCUGUGUGACCAGCGGGACCUGGCCAUGCUGCCCUGGGUGCAGGAGUUCAACAAGUUUGACCUCUACACCAAGUGCCCCAACCUGCCAGACGUGGAGAAGCUGCGGCCCUACUACCAGGGGCUGGUGGACAAGUACUGCCCUGGCAUCCUGAGCUGGUGACGGCCGGCCCACCCAGCCCUGCUGAGGCACAGCCCCACAGCCUGGUGGCGAGCCCAGGGUGAGUGCAGAGAAGCAGGAGCCGGCUCAUGAAAGAGGCUGUGUGCUGUGUGCAUCUGCCUGGCCCGGGACACACCCUGGAACUGCCUGGCUGCUGGCGCUGAGACAGAACCACCCUGGGACGCCACACACCUGCUCCUUGUGACUAUCCUCUGCCUGGCAUUGUGUUAUCAAAAUGGAUGAAACCUCCGGAAGCCCACAGAAGCUUAUGCUAUUCUUCCAAACAAUUUUCAGAGCCCCCUUCUCUUUCCCCAUUUUCUCUAUUUAAAAAUGCUAAUUCGGAGCACUGGCUCCAGCUCAAGUUCUGCCAUCCGCCCACCCUGUAGCCACCCUUGUGUUUUGGCUUGAAUAAACUGCUUACUUGCAAA